GCCCCCAAAUGCCCUGGUACGGGCUAGAGUGGGGAGAGUCCGCUCUCCCUCUCGAAAUGCUCUCACAUGGCCAUGUGUAUAUAGCCUCUGCCAGGGAAGUCCUACUCACUGCCUUCACGUGGCGGGGGUGUUGUUUACAAAAAUGAGAGGACGAAAAGCGAAUGUCUGGCGCUUUAACCGGACUCCAAACCAAUGGUGCACAUGGGCUCCAGUAUCCUGCGGGAACAAAUGGCGUAUGAACCAAUCGUUGGUCACCGGCUACCAUGGGACUGCAUCUCCUUACGAUGCUCCACUGCCUUGUGGGUCAGACGUUCAGGUCAAAGGCUCGGGGUGUGGCCCCCUAAGAAAAGCACCUGCUUCGGUUUGGGCACCCGAGCAGUAUCACAGCCCUCACACAAAUCAAUUGAGAUUUGUGUGGCGCAUAUGUAUUUGGUGCCUCCCUGUACCUAUACUUAUGUGUUAAAAUAAAUAAAUAAAUAUAAACAUCAACCUCCCAGUGUUGCAAACUACAAGGAUUAAUAUAGGUUAAUAAACCUAUCCUUAUUGCCGAAGACUAACGAUUUCAAGAUUAGUGUUGUAUAUCUGAUGCCUAGUGCGUCAAUUAGUUUUGUUCGAGUUUUCAUGUACACUUCUGCCACGUAGUGCCUUAUAAGAUUGGCUGUACAACCUUUUGUAUGGUGGGAUACUUAGUAGUGUCUCGUGUUAUAUGUAAUCAUCUGUAAAAACUUGUUGAACCAGUAUUAUUUUGGCUUGUUUAGUUGUUUUGCCUUAUUUUUUGUAUUCGACAAGUAAAUAGGGAGUGUAAUAACAUUGGCUACAUGUAUAUCAGUUUCAUAGAACCCUUAUUACAUUCAGAUUUUUGCUGAACAUGUUUUAUAUAGAUCUAGAUGGUCAUUUGUGAGCUAUUUUGGUGCAGCAAGGUUGUAGAGAUUUAUUUGAGGUGGGAUUCCACCAAUUUUAUUAAAAUAUCACGGUUUGUGCGAUUCUUUGAAUUCAUCUGGUAUAACUAUACCUCUUUGUCUUGUCUAAUUAGUGGUCAAUACAAACUUUUAUCAUGUUCUUGAUAUAAUCUUUGUGAGUUACUAUUAUCAGGAUCACUGUUUGCACCCCUUGUAGGUUUUCUCUCACUUCCAGUCUGUCUUCAGACCAGCAAUACGCUAUCUUCAUUCUGUUAGCAUACUCAGAGCUUGCAAACAGCAUAUACUUUAUCGUAAUAUGGACUUCUAUAUCAAUGUACCUCCUCCCGUUCAUUAUCUUGAUGUUACUGAAGCGUUCAAAUCACUUAGCAAUGUGGAAAAGGAUUAUGUUUUCAGCUGCACACAAGCGUCUUGGAUUGGAGGUCUCAUAGGAUUGAUUCAAACGUCUCCUGAGUCUGCCGGGAUAUUUUUGUUUGUCAGUCGCUUUUUCCAUUUAGAGAACGUACAUUCCUUUGUUGAAAAGGCGACAAAAAAUAAUUUUUCUGAUGAAGAAAUAACUCAUAUUUUAUCUUAUUUUGCCUCAGUGCUGGGUAAUUUCGGGAAUUACUUGUCUUUUGGGGACACCAAGUUCAUCCCAGCUAUCAAUGUCGACCGGGUAACAGAAUUUUUAUCGUUAAGCAGUGGAUUUUCUAACUCAGAAACUGGUCUUAAAGACUUAUGGAAAGAAAUAGCUCCAUCCAUCUAUUCAUUAAUUCCUCGCCGUUUACGCCUUGGUUUUGGUCCCACUGAAAUUACGUCUUAUUACUCUGAGGACUGUAUUCGAAGUGAAGCUGAACUAGUUCAAAAAUAUCUGGAAAACGUUAAAAUUGAGGCGUACAAUACCCGACUUUUUAAGAGUAGUAACUCCAACUCCAAAGUUUAUUCGAUCCGGUUUGCGUCGGCUGAGAAAAAAGUUCAACCUGUACAUUUUGAUGCCCUUCCUUUGGGAACUUCCUUACAGCUCGAGUACGGUGACUACUGCGAACUUAUGGAGUUACUGGUUGACUGCUCUUUAGAUGCCAAAGCACACUCUCUUAACAAAAUCGAAUCAGAAAUGUGGGAUCAUUAUGCUCAGAGCUUUUGUACUGGGUCCUUAGACUCUCACAAAGAUGCUUCUAGACUAUGGGUCAAGGACAAAUGCCCUGUAGUUGAAAAUUACAUUGGCUUUAUUGAAACUUAUCGUGAUCCUUUAGGUGUACGUGCGGAGUUCGAGUCAUUUGUCGCAGUUGUGAAUCGAUCAAUGUCAUCUAAAUUUCAGCGGCUAGUAGAUAAUGCUGUUGAAUUACUGUCUAAUUUGCCAUGGCCUUCUACUUACGAAAAAGACAGGUUCUUACAACCAGACUUUACAAGUUUGGACGUAGUAACGUUUGCAACCUCAGGAAUCCCUGUUGGAAUUAACAUUCCUAACUAUGAUGAUGUGCGCCAAGUUGAUGGAUUUAAAAAUGUAUCCUUGGGGAAUGUACUCAGUGCUCGUUUCAAGGACCCUAAAUCAGAAUUCAUUCGAGAGGAAGACAAAAAGUUGUAUGUGGAUCAUGCGGAGAGUUCUUUCGAACUUCAAGUCGGACUUCAUGAAUUGUUAGGCCAUGGUUCUGGGAAGCUGUUUCAACGUAGUGGCGACGGAAUACUAAAUUUUGACACAAAUUCUACGAAAGAUAUCAUUAGUGGAGGUCCCAUACGUAGUUGGUAUGAACCAGGCGAAACAUACGACAGUAAAUUUUCGAGUUUGUCUUCGGCAAUUGAAGAAUGUCGAGCUGAAUGUGUUGGAAUCUAUCUAUGCAAUUUACCACUUGUCUUGGAACAGUUUAAUCUUAAUACUAAUUGCUCCACAGACAGUGUUCCAGAUGUUGUUUACGUUAAUUGGUUGUCCAUGGUUCGUUCAGGCGUAACUUCUAUGGAAUUCUAUUCACCUGCAGAAAACGCUGGUGAUAUUGGUUCGUGGCGUCAAGCACAUUGCUGUGCUCGUUAUGCAAUUUUGCGGGUUUUAAUUGAAGCUGACAAUUCUCUGGUACGUGUAGACGAAAUAGUUGGUGAUGAUGGUGCACCUGAUUUAACUAUUUUCUUAGAUCGCCAAAAGCUUUUGACAGUGGGUCGUCCGGCAAUUGGCGAAUUUUUACGAAAAAUUCAGGUAAGACCUUUUCGUUUCAAGUUUUUAUGGAUUCUUAUGAGUAGACAUGUAUCGUGCAUGUGCAUAUACUGGCACGUUACUGUGCCAUUCUGAAGACUUCAAGAUGAAGAUGCCACAGGUAUUCGGAGUUGACAACGCUUUAACCAGUUACACCUAAUAUGAAGCGUACCCACCAAGUGAAACCAAAAGACAGAAGUGAGGGGGUUCGAAGAUCUAUUUGAUAAGCUAUCAAUAUAUCGAGGAUCGUCUGGUCUAAUCUGGCUAGCGAUUGCAGUAGAUGUUGAGCACGGUGUUCCCACACGUGAUCUGAUGCGGAUGCAUGACCGAGCGCCUUCAGCUAAAUGAGUUCAUUAAAACUAAUGUGGUCAGCAUCCAAUGCCGAAGACAUACAGAGCUAUUGAUUUUGGGGAUUUAUUUACCGCUACAGAUCACUCCCCCCUAGUGAGGUAGUGAUGACUCUAAGACGUGGCCAGCCGGAAGUUUAAACCCAACGAGUUUGUCGUCGGUAAACACUUCUGAUAGUUUGCUAGGUUUAGCAGCAUCUGGUCGUCUUUCCUUACUAUAAUGGACCAUGAAGUACAAUAUAGUAAAGAAAUAAAAAGUACAAUGAAGAUUCCCGUUUCUUGCAAACUUGAUCGUUCUUUUUAUCGUCUUUUUCAGCCGUCCUGGAAAAGAAAAAAAUAUGUAAGGGCAUGUGGAAAUACACUCGUACGUGCGUAAGAACACAAUGCGAGUGUAAAAAUGGAAAAUAAACUCAUGCUCACGUAAUAGCGUAAAACAGGAUUUUUAUAAUAUGGUUUUUUUGUUUUUUAAAACAAAAAAUAAAAAUAUAUAAAAUACUAAAUUUUUUAAAUAAAAAAAUUUAUAUAUAGUAGGGGGUUUAUUUACUGCUACAAAGAGUUGAUACGAAUAAGAUUAACAAAUUCUAUGUCGUAGCAUGACAUCAAUUUAUAAAACCACUGACUUUUGGUCCAAGGUUUCUAAGAAAGCUUCUUGAAUGGAAUUAUUGUUAUUCAUUGUCAAAUAUUGCAAGUGUUAUAACUUAAGAUAAGUCAAAGUGGCCCAAAUACAAUCAUCUCUGGUUUCCAAAAUCAUAAAUUGUUUAUUCAUAUGUUUCACUCAUCUUUCAAGUCUCUUCUUUCGUUCUCAACGAGUGUUAUCAAUUUUUUUAUUUUUCAAUCUUUGAUUUUCUUGGUUCUCUCAUUAUGCUGAUAAAGUGUAUGUCAAUGUGUAUGAGUGCAUUCAUGCUAGAUACUACUCUAUGUGUGGUUGCUUUCAUUUGUUGACUUUUAAAGUCUGGAUAAAUAGCCUAUUGGAACGUGAUAUGACAACUUGGCCCAAAUCGUUUAUGUGCCAGACUCUAUCUCGAUGAUGAAUGGAUAGCUGACGAACUAUUUCUUGGUAGUAUCAUUAUUUUCUAAAGUUUCACUCACUGAAAACAUUUUGUUUGAAUGCUUUCUCUCAAUUCUUUUGUUUCAGUAUUAUAAAAGUACAGCC